AACAGCCUAUAAUAAUAAGAGGCAAUGGUCACUAGGACAGUAGGCCUUAAGACUGCUAUUAAGGUUUCAACUUGACACAUUUCAAGCUCCGAUUCUUCUCUCCUCCGACCUCAUUCAGAACCAACCAAAAAAUCUCAACUGGUUGUGAUUCAUAUCUAGGAUUCACUUUGUGUAUGUAGAUUUACCUUCUCUUCCCAAUAAAAAACUGUUUCCCGCCUUUUCUUUUCCGGAUUCUUCAGAAUCCAUCCCUUUUUCUCAACUGGGUCAUGCUUUCCUGUACCUUGUUCGAUCAUCUUGCUACCGGGUUCUUCAUGUUUUCUGUAUUUUUCUCGAGAUUCCUCGCUUUGUGGGCUAAGAGUUGCAAUCUGGGUUGCAUGAAAAAUUUUAAGUUUUGAACUUCAUUUUUGCAAAAGGUCUUGACUAUUCUUCAAAUUCACAAAUUCCAUCUGGGUUUGGGUUUUCUCUCUGGAGGGGUUUAACGAAAGCAACAAAGUCAGAUUGCUCAUAAUUUUCCAAGAUUUCUUCGAUUCUUAAAAGUUGGGUCUUUUUAAGAUUCUUCAAUUGAUGCUAUUAAGAAAAGGAGAUUCUUGAUUCCCAGUAGAAGAUUCUGAUUUCAAUGCCUUCUAAAUCAUAGUAAAGAUUAAAUUCUCUCUGCCUUCUGUCUCUGUUUCUAAGACUCCUCUCACUUUAAAAGCCUAGUUUCAGUGCUGAUUAUGUGAAUUAUCCAGCAAUUGUUGUAUAUUAGCACUAGGAAUUAUGGAAACUCUAUAUCCAGCUUCAUUUAUGUCAGACUCCAGUUGGUUUCUACAAGUAAGCCAGAGCACAGAAUGGACUAGGGAGGAGAACAAGAAGUUUGAGAGAGCGCUUGCUAUAUACGAUGAGACCACUCCUGAUCGAUGGAUAAAAGUGGCGGAAAUGAUCCCGGGGAAGACAGUGUGGGAUGUGAUUAAGCAGUACAAGGAAUUGGAAGACGAUGUUAGUGAUAUAGAAUCAGGGCGGGUUCCGAUUCCCGGUUACCUUACCUCUUCUUUCAAAUUGGAGUUGGUUGAUAAUCGCAACUUUGAUGCCUAUAGAAGAAAAUCUUCAACAGCUCGGGGUCCUGAUCAGGAAAGGAAGAAAGGGGUGCCAUGGACAGAAGAAGAGCACAGGCAAUUUCUGAUGGGGCUUCUAAAGUACGGUAAAGGAGACUGGAGAAAUAUCUCCCGGAAUUACGUAAUUUCUAAGAGUCCAACUCAAGUGGCAAGUCAUGCUCAGAAGUACUUUAUAAGGCAGCUUUCAGGAGGAAAAGAUAAGAGAAGGCCAAGCAUCCAUGACAUCACAAUUGUCAAUCUCACAGAACCCUCAUCGGGAAAUAAUAAGCCUCCCUCACAUGAUCAGUCUUUUGUUCUUGCACCACAGCAAAAGCCCACCAGCGCACCAAGAAUGUCACCUGACUGGAAGCAACCUCGUGAUGAAGCAGUCAUGAUUUUCGACUCGGACUGUGGAAACCUUUCAAUGUCACCUCCGUACGAAUUUAAAGGGCAAGGGCACAAUCUGUAUGGCAGUGCUCAUUACGGAUUUCACACCAAACCGUACAUUCAAACCCAAUCCUCAAUACAUCAAAUACGUAAAUGAUCAGGCAGUUGUUUUUGCUGCACUCGUGGAUUCAAAGUGCCAAGUCAGACCAUGUUCAGCCUAAUUCACUGUCUGUGCUUUUGCCAUAGUUUUCUGUGUGACUACAUAAAUGAGGGCUUGAAUUACAUUGUUUUUGAACGUUACAGAAAGAUAAAAUCUUGUAGUGGUUCAAUCUCAAUCUUUUAGCUGUGAAAAUACAAUGAAAGUCGAUUCAGUGUCUGUAUGUUUCCCUUCCCUUCAAGUAAUAUUCCUUGCUAUCCAUUCUUGAGGAUGAUUUUGACUGAGUCAGCAUUACGUAUGAAAAUGGAUAGUAGGCAGUUUGUGGAUGAAUAAAGCAUAACCGCAUCAAUGUGGUUGCUUCUCA